AGAUGGACAGAGUGUCCAGAUGGACUCCAUUAAGUCAGGAUUCGUGGGCUCCCAGGUGGAGCUGCGUUGUAUCUUCGUUAAUUCCAACCCUCCAGUCAAGAUCUCUCAGGUGACGUGGCAGAAGUUCCUGAACGGCACCAAACAGAACGUGGCCAUCGCCAACCCGUCGCUGGGGGUGUCCGUGCUCCCGCCCUUCAAGGAGAGGGUGACCUUCAAGCAGGCAGCGGUCCGCCACCGCACCCCGUCUCUGGAGGACACCACCAUCAUGUUCUCCAACCUGAGGCUGUCUGAUGAGGCCGCAUACAUCUGCGAGUACACCACCUUCCCUGCUGGGAACCGAGAGAACAUGGUCAACCUCACCGUGUUUGCGCGACCUCUGACCCGAAUGACCUUGACCACGCCUACCAUCGUGGCCCGCCCCCAGAAGCGUAAGAUGACUGUGGCGACAUGCCUCUCGGCCAAUGGGAAGCCUCAGAGCGUGAUCAAGUGGGAAACGAGGCUGAAGGGUGAGGCCACGUUCCAGGAGACGCAGAACAGCAACGGCACGGUGACCGUCCGCAGUAACUAUGUGGUCGUGCCGAGCAGAGAGACACACAAACAGAAACUCACCUGCAUCGUAACCUACCGUAACGAGAGGAUUACCGACAGUGUCGUGCUCAACGUGCAGUAUGAACCGGAGGUGAAGAUCGAGGGUUUUGAUGGUAACUGGUACCUGAACCGUCAGGACGUCAGCCUCACCUGCAACACUGACGCUAACCCCCCUGUCACCGUCUACCAGUGGAAACUGUUGAAUGGAUCUCUUCCCAGCACCGUGGAGAUUCGUAACAACUCUCUAAUCUUCAAGGGGGCGGUGACCUACGAGCUAGCUGGAACAUACGUGUGUGAUGCCACCAAUGGGAUCGGGACUCGUACAGGUCUGGUGGAGGUUAACGUCACUGAAUUCCCUAACAACCCGCCACCUGGGGGCCGUGAGAUCCCGCAGGAGCAGCACAAUGCGGGUGCCGUCAUCGGGGGCGCCGUGGGCGGGGUCGUCCUGUUAGCGGCGGCCGCCACCCUGCUCUUUGUGUUCCUGCGCCGCCGCCAGCGCACCUUCAAGGGCGACUACAGCACCAAGAAACAGGUGUUUGGGAACGGCUACAGCAAGGCCGGGGGCCUGCCAGCCCACCCUCCCAUCCCCAACAACCUGCAGUACCCAGACGACUCAGAUGACGAGAAGAAGCCUACCCAGAUCGCUGUGACCGGAGGGUUCGAGGCGAGCGAGCGUGAUUUUGACGGAGACGCGGAGGACUUGAAGAGGCCCUAUUUCACAGUGGACGAAGGAGAGAGUCAAGAUUAUGAUGAACGGACUCUCGCUUUCCAGUACAACCCCGGGCCGGAGAUAGCCGAUGAUAUGGUGUCCCAAACCGAUGGCUCUGUCAUUUCAAAGAAAGAGUGGUAUGUGUAGGGGCAACAAGCAACCAAACCAAACCAACCAAGCUCCCGUCUCACCCUCCUACCAUCGCACUAGCACCACCACUACCAUCACUACUACCACCACA